UUCCGGUGGCAGAAUGUUCCCGCCUCCUGCUGGCAGAAGAUGGAGGGAGUCCUGCAGCUCACAGAUCGGAGAGAGCAGCUCUGAGCAAGUGAAGCGUCUUUAUUGUACAAAUGAUGUCUCUACUCAUACGGAACCUGCAGAGUGUGGUCCAUGUUCGCAGAGCUCCGUUGCGCAAGAAUCUAGAGAUUGCUAGAAGUUGCCUUCGUGUGAGGCAUUUUGAUGUGGGUGUGAUAUGUGUCAACAAUGCCAAGAUUAGACAACUGAAUAAAAGUUAUAGAAAAAAAGACACAGCAACAGAUGUACUGUCAUUCCCAUUUCACGAGGAUCUUCAUCCUGAAUUUCUGCCCAAGCCAUCAUUUCAAGAUGAAUAUAAUCUGGGUGAUAUCUACCUCAGUGUUGAAUUUAUAUAUAAACAAUGUCAAGAAGCACAAGAGGAUUUUAACAGCAACCUAACGGUGACAGCAGUACAUGGCCUUUGUCAUCUUCUUGGCUAUACUCAUGACAGACAAGAAGACUGGAAACAGAUGUUUGCUAAAGAAAAUGAGGUUCUAUGUGAAAUAAAUAAAGCCACUGGAUCUGCAUUAAAGCCAUUGACGACAAACCAUUUUGACCACUAGUAAUGGAGUUAUCUGUAACCUAGAACAUUUCUAUGUGGAGUUGCUUUUUAAAGUGUUUUUUUUUAAGUGCUCAUACACAGAGAAGUGCAAUUUUUUUUUUUACAUCUUUGUACAUAGUAAAGUGUAAAUAAAGCAGAUGACCUUGA